CCUAUCCGUAAAGGGCUUUAAGAGACUUUUAGCAAUGUCCCUCCUCUCUUUAAGCCCUAAAGGAGGGGGGAAAGGAAGGUGAAUAAGCAGAUCACUGAAGGUUGGAGCAACAAAAAAAUCAUUUGAAGCCUUCCAAAUAUCAGCUCUUUGGGGGAUCCCCGUCCUGGAGUUUGCUCAACCUGAUUGGCUUUACAUGCACUGUGGCCUGCUGCUAGGUCCAGCUCCUCAUCCUGGGCACGGAAAGGAAAGGGAGGCCGACUUGGAGAAGAUGAAAGAGGAAAGCAUGUGUCCAGACUCACCGGAGGGCAGCCUGGGAACCAGUGAGGAGGAAAGUGAGAAGGUGCCCAAGAAAAGUCUUCGGAAGAGGAGCCAGCUGGGUAAACCCUUGACUUCAGCCCCGCCAGAGUACAGCAGCAGCCCUUUGCCACAGGGGAAGCGCAGCAAGCGCAGUCCUGUGUCCCAGACUUUUGAGGACAUGCACACGCAGCGGGUGAUUGCCAAUGUGCGGGAGCGUCAGCGCACCCAGUCGCUCAACGACGCCUUCGCUGAGCUGCGCAAGAUCAUCCCCACCCUGCCUUCAGACAAACUCAGCAAGAUCCAGACCCUCAAGCUGGCUGCCCGUUACAUUGACUUCCUCUACCAGGUCCUGCAGAGUGACGAGCUCGACCACAAGAUCUCCAGUUGCAACUACCUGGCCCAUGAGAGGCUCAGCUAUGCCUUCUCUGUUUGGAGGAUGGAAGGGGCCUGGUCCAUGUCAGCAUCCCACUGAGGUCCAACAGCAGGCGUUCUCAGGAAGAAAG